CUGUCACUGUCAGUAAAGUUCGAGACUUUCUAGUAUAUACGCAGUUUUUCCUUUAUCAUCGACUUGCUGUGGAGGCAAGAACAAAAGACUUAGUUUAAUUGUAAAAAAUGUCUUUAAAUACCGCUCAUGCUGACCAUGGCGUUCUAAUACAUGCUGGAGAAGUUAUCAUCUUAUUUUCCGAUAAUGUAACUGUGGAAUUCUAUGGAAAUGAGACAUCUGAAUUUAAAGGCACAAAAAAUGGUCGUAUGUAUCUUACAACUCAUCGCAUGAUAUAUAACUCAAAGGCUAAUUCAGAUGCACUUCGAUCAUUUAGUUUUCCUUUCAUAGCACUACAAGAUGUGACUGUGGAGCAACCUAUGUUUGGUGCAAAUUAUAUCAAGGGGAAAGUAAGGGCACAACCAAAUGGGAAUUUCAUUGGAGAAGUCAAAUUCAAACUAACAUUCAAGUCUGGAGGAGCAAUUGAAUUUGGACAGGCUAUGCUAAAAGCAGCACACCUUGCAUCAAGGCACACUUCACCAAAUGCACCACCGCCACCUUACACUCCGCCUUCUGGACCUUGGUAUGCUGCCCCUCCUCCGGCAUAUGCUCCUCCACCACAGGGAUAUUAUGGCUGGGUGCCACCAUAUACAGCAUUUCCCGAUCAACCAUCUCCAAACUCUGUCUUCGUAUCGAAUAAUCCACCUCCUUACCCUGGUGUGAUGGGUGCUACAUAUCCACCGGGAGCAGGAUUCUCCGGUGCUGCUGGCCUUAGCCCCACAGGUGUGCAAAACAAUGGUUAUCCGGGUAAUAUGCCACCACCGGGCUACCCGGGUAAUGCCAACAUGCCGCCUCCAGGCUACCCAGGCGGCUUUGUCCCAGGUGCACCCAGCAUGUCAUCAAGUGAUGCUAAAGCAGCAGAAGCAGCUCAGAGUGCUUACUAUGAUCCAAAUAAGCCCCAAACAGCUUAUGUACCACCACCCUACAAUGAUCAACCACCGACUUAUCAGGAGUCUACGUCAAAGAAAGACAACUAAUGCACUGUCCUCACUACCACAUGGACACUCCCCGCCACACGGCUUAUUUUAACUCAAAUGAGACUUAAUAAGCUUUGUAUGUUUCACAAAAAUAAAGUGUUGCAAUUAUUUAAUAAUGUUAAAAAUAUUUAGUUGCUUUAACGCAUUCCAGUAUUGUAUGGUGGCUUAUAAAGAGUGCUGUUAGAAUAUUAUAAGGCUGUGUUUAAUCACAUACAAGCUAAAAUUUUUGUUACCAAAGCAUAAAAAAUAUAUAAAGAUAUUCAUUGGUAUUAAAAAGUAUUUUAUAAAAUAAACAAUUAUAGCGUUUUUGAUAUUCUUUCAUUGUUUCUGUUUUUUAACAUAUUAUAUAAUUAUGUAAAUAUACUAAUCUAUUUAAUGAAAGUUAGAACUAUUUUGCUAUAGAAAAUGUUUGUUCUACAACUAUUUAUUUAAAUUGUAAUUCACUAUUAAUAAAUUCUAUUCAAAUAUUUAAUAA